CUCGUCACCUCAACAUGCCAUAGAAAAGGAGCGGUAUGUGUUCUCUAUAGGAGGGGACACUGCAGCAUAGUUAGCCUGUUUUUCUUCUUCUAGCAGAGACAAGCUAGGGGCAACAGGUGUGCCGACACCAGCAGAUGGCUCACGCUGCUGAAAGUACCGCAAAAUAAAGGGAGAUUAGAGAUAAAGAGCGUUUCAUUUCUCUCUGUAAUUUCUGUUGGGCUAAAAAAAACGCACUGGUUUGUCUGGACCAACAACUUCUGCAAGAAGUGUUCAUGUUUUCAUGAACCCACAGGUGAAGCCUUCAACUUAUUUUUCCAAAAUAAACUCUGUUCAAACUCCCAUUGUUACUCAUAAGGUGCAGGUAUUCACUAUCAGUGAGUGUUAGUGACAACAAUAGAAGGGGAACUGGUCAGAACACACCCAAAGGGGGGCAUACCAUAGGCCCAGCUGUUUGCAGUAGCAGUUCAUCCUCAGGUGGGUGCUUGUUGUUUGUUUUGUUGCCUCCAUAGAUGCUGAUUUACCUUGGUGACAACAGUGAUUUACAUUUCUCUCUCUCUCUCUCUCUCUCUCUCUCUCUCUCUCUCUUUCUCUCUCUCCCUCUCUCUCUCUCUCAUCCAGUGUGUGUGUGUGUGUGUUUGUGUUUGUCAGGAGGGUAAUGGUUUCAGGUUUGACUACAUACCUGUUUUUCCGGAGUACACGACACACAUGGAGAAGAAUGCCUACCUAUGGAAUGCUCUCAUGUUGUGUGUAUUUGUUUUAUAACUGUGUGGAGAGACUGCAAGUGAAAAUGAGUUUAAAAAAACUUCAGUCCAGACUGAUAUGUCAAAUGAAAACAUUAAAAUUUUAUGCUGAAUAUGGUCCCUCACAUAUGAAUUAAAAAGUGCAAUUGCAGUAUCUCAGGGCUCACCAAAACAGCUCUGGUUUGUUAAUCUGUCUAUCGAAUAUUCACAGCAUGUGCUCUUGGCUGCUAAUUGUGAAGUUUUAUUAACUUUCUCUCCCAAUUUUAAUCCCCCUCAGAUUGUAUUAAGCUCAGUCUUCAUAAUUUAUGAUUUACUAUGUUGAUUGAUGCAUUCUAAAAAUCACUUGAAAAUCUCCCCCUAGAGAGUGCUUAUUGGCAUCACAUCAAAGCACAUUGCAGGCUCUUAUCAGAUGAGCCAUUAAGAGGUCUUUCGUGAUACAUAACUUUGCAGUUUUCAAAUAUUCAUUUAAUUCUGUCUGGCAUCCUCUCAUAGAAAGUCACCUCUCUUUCAUCUCCUUUGAUGCCUCUGGUCAACUUCACUGUUUCAUCAUGAUGUCCUGCAAAAACAUUUAAUGACAGACAUAGAUGUAAGCUGCUACUGCAACUGACUGGUUCACAGAGGCAUUCAACUGCAAGGUGGUAAUUCUAGUUCUGUUUUGUGUCCCACAGGCUGUUGUGUCCAGCAGUCCUCUGUUUGUAUUCCGCUUCCCCUUCUUCUCCUCCACCCAUCACCCAGCUAUGUCGGGAGACACUCUGCAGCGUCUCAGCACCUUGACCCUAAGCAUCAAAUACCUCAGCCGCCUGCCCCACUUCUCAGACCUCAUUCCUCCCUGCCUUCCGUCACCCAGCCCCACUGUCGCUGCCUCCCAGGUCCCUAUUCUGUUCCGAGAGCCCUACAUCCUGUCGGGCUACCGUCCUGUCCAGCAGCACUGGCACUUCUACCUCCUCAGCCUCUUUCAAAGACAUAAUGAAUCCUUAAACGUGUGGACCCACUUGUUGGCAGGUCCUGUGCUGCUGCUCCGCUGGUGGGCCAACAUAGGUGCCCUGGGGUACACCUUGGACACAGCCUCUCUACCUCUGAGCCUCUUCCUGGUGUCGUCCCUCACCUAUCUGUUCUGUAGUGUGGCAGCUCACCUCUUGCAGUCUCACUCUGAACAUGCACACUACUUCUUCUUCUUCAUUGACUAUGUUGGUGUAGCUGUGUAUCAGUAUGGUUGCUCACUUGGCCAUUAUUUCUACACGUCAGAGGCAGCAUGGAGAGAAAGCUGCAUUGGGCUCCUGUUCCUACCUGGAGCUGCCUUCUUCGGGUGGCUCUCCUGUGCAGGCUGCUGUUUUGCUAAGGCCAGGUAUCGGCGGCCAUAUCCAAUACGGCGUAAAAUCUGUCAACUGAUCCCUACCACCCUAGCAUACAUACUGGGCAUCAGCCCAGUAGUCCAUCGCCUGUUCACUGUCUCCUGGACACAGGAUCCCUCACUCUCCUUCCAUGCUCUCCAGAUUGCCUCUUUCCUUCUGUCCGCCCUGUUCUUCUCCUGUCCCAUCCCUGAGCGCUUUUUCCCUGGCUGCUGUGACUUUUUGGGUCAGGGUCACCAGAUCUUCCACCUGUUUCUGUCCCUGUGCACGAUGUUCCAGCUGGAGGCUCUGUUCCAGGACUAUGCCAGGCAGAGAGAUACAGUGAUGGAGUUAUUUGGAGAGAGGCAGCUGUGGUGGGCUUGUGUAUCCUUCCCUGCCCUGUUCUUGUGUUGCAUCCUGACGGCACUCAUUACAAUGAAGUACAUCACAAAGCAGCUGCAGGGUAAACAAGAAAAAGACAAGUGACAAGAGUUUGUUAAUGUGUGUGUCUGAGAGACAAAGAUAGAAAGGGGUUGGGUUUAAAUGUACCUAACAGAAAUAUUAAUAACAAUGAUAAUAAUAAUAAAAAAAGCCAUAUUAGGAUUUUUUGUUUACCUGUCAGUUUGUCUGUGAAAAAUGUGAUUGCAUAAAGUAUUCCAACAAUAAAAAUGUCAAAGAACUUCUUGUCUGAUACAAUUAACAAGUCAUCUGACAUUUCCAAAGGGUUAAGUCAUUGAUUCAACGCAGAAAUAGUUGGCUCAGUGGACUCCAUACUUUGCUAACUAUGGCUCAGUAAAGUUUUCCACAGUGAAUCAUCCUUCCUUUUAAUUGCUGCUGAUGAUGGUUCUGAGGACAAUACUAAUAAAGGACAUUGGUCUCAAACA